AUGUGGAUGAUGUACUUUCCCCAGCAUCACCAACUCUUCCCUCUCUUCGUCUCUCAGACAAUACUGGUGCAGAUCUGGUACCCCAUUACAGUAGCGACUAACUCCAGAGAGCAGAAGAAGAUCCUAGCCAGGUCUCUACUGGAGACGUCAGGGAACCUGGACAAACUGGAGUAUAAACUGCAUGACUUUGGUUACAGGGGAGUCUCAUCUCAAGAGGUACUUACUGUUAUUAAUUAUCAUUAUGAUAACAGUGUUGGAUUCAUUGUACUGUACAUACAACAUACAUAUGGAUAGCAUAAUGGAGCAGGUCCCUGCCGAUUUCCCAACCUGGGGUCGAACAAAGACCCUUUCCCAAACCUCUCCUCAGGGAACCCCAGCCGUUCCAUGUAUUUUAUCUAUUCAUCAAGCUCUUGACCAGGUAAGUCAGGUGGGCUAAUUCAGGGCUAAAACAAAAUUGUAAAAUGUCUGGGGGUCCCAGAGUAAAGUUUUGAGAAACACUGCUCUACGCCGAGGUUUCCCAAACUCGGUCCUGGGCUUUGAUUAUUUGAAUCAGCUGUGUAGUGUUAGGGCAGAAAACCAAAACGUGCACGCAGGGGGGGGGGGCCCAAGGACCGAGUUUGGGAAACCUUCCUCUACACAAAAACACUUUGGGUGUGUUCGUAAAUUCCCUCUGGCUAUCUACUCCGAUUUCAGAGACUCUCGUCUGAGUGUGCCAGAGCGCAGAAUAACUGAUUCAUUUAUGAACGCUCAACACCCGUUGAAUAUGGCCAGUGUCAGUAAAUGUCGGCAAAAAAACUUUAAUUGUUGCCAGCAGCACAGUUACAGUCACCAACGCCAACCAGCUCUGCUAUGGCAAGUAAAAUGGUCAGUGUGAGGUGUUCUCUCAUUUGUGUCUGGAAGUAGCUAGCAAGCUAGCCAACGUUAGCCAGUUAGCUUUGGGUGCUUGACUGCCGUUGUGAGGUCAGAAUGCUCGGAUCAGCCCUACUCCUCGGCCAGAGCAUCCAGUGUGUGCGCUGAACGCUCCGAGAGCGAAACACUCUGAAUUUACAGAGCAGACUCUGAGCGCAUUCUGGCACUCCAUAGUGAAUUUACGAACACACCCUUUGUAAUAAAAAAAAACACUUUCAGUUUCACAUCCUCUGAUGCCAUACUGUUUCACAUCCUCUGAUGCCAUACUGUUUCACAUCCUCUGAUGCCAUACUGUUUCACAUCAUCUGAUGCCAUACUGUUUCACAUCCUCUGAUGCCAUACUGUUUCACAUCCUCUGAUGCCAUACUGUUUCACAUCCUCUGAUGCCAUACUGUUUCACAUCCUCUGAUGCCAUACUGUUUCACAUCCUCUGAUGCCAUACUGUUUCACAUCCUCUGAUGCCAUACUGUUUCACAUCCUCUGAUGCCAUACUGUUUCACAUCCUCUGAUGCCAUACUGUUUCACAUCCUCUGAUGCCAUACUGUUUCACAUCCUCUGAUGCCAUACUGUUUCACAUCCUCUGAAGCCAUACUGUUUAACAUCCUCUGAUGCCAUACUGUUUCACAUCCUCUGAUGCCAUACUGUUUCACAUCCUCUGAUGCCAUACUGUUUAGCUGUUCCUGUCAUGUGAUGUUUUUGUCUGGUUUCAGACCGCUGGCAUCGGAGCGUCUGCCCACCUGGUGAACUUUAAAGGCACAGACACGGUGGCUGGUAUCUGUGUCAUUAAGAAGUACUACGGCACCAAAGACCCUGUGCCCGGCUUCUCUGUGCCAGCUGCAGAGCACAGGUAACACUGAGACACGGGUAACACAGAGACACAGGUAACACAGAGACACAGGUAGACAGAGACACAGGUAACACAGAGACACAGGUAGACACAGAGACACAGGUAGACACAGAGACACAGGUAGACACAGAGACACAGGUAGACAGAGACACAGGUAGACACAGAGACACAGGUAGACACAGAGACACAGGUAGACACAGAGACACAGGUAACACAGAGACACAGGUAGACAGAGACACAGGUAACAGAGACACAGGUAACACAGAGACACAGGUAACACAGAGACGCGGGUAGACACAGAGAAACAGGUAACACAGAGACACAGAGACACAGGUAACACAGUGACACAGGUAACACAGAGACACAGGUAACACAGAGACACAUGUAACACAGAGACACAGGUAGACACAGAAACACAGGUAACACAGAGACACAGGUAACACAGAGACACAGGUAGACACAGAGACACAGGUAGACACAGAGACACAGGUAGACACAGAGACACAGAGACACAGGUAGACACAGAGACACAGGUAACACAGAGACACAGGUAACACAGAGACACAGGUAGACACAGAGACACAGGUAACACAGAGACACAGGUAACACAGAGACACAGGUAACACAGAGACACAGGUAGACACAGAGACACAGGUAAACACAGAGACACAGGUAAACACAGAGACACAGGUAAACACAGAGACACAGGUAACACAGAGACACAGGUAGACACAGCGGGUACAGCACAAUUAGCACAGAUUAAAGCUAAAGCAUGCAAUCACACUGUAGAAAUUGACUGAUUUUAUAUGUACAUGGCCGUCACAAGUAGGUUUAACUUUUUAAUUCAUUCCAGAGAACUAAUCAAGUCUCAGUAUCAUUUUCAGAGCAUGAUAUAUAGCGCCCUCUUCUGAGUUUUGUGUUGUACUACACUGUUCUUCUGUGUUUCUCAAACACAUUUAGUCACGGUUUAGUUUAAGUGAUUUCCUGUAUUGCUUACCUAUGGAUAAAUAUUUUAUUGCCAGCACCAUCACCGCCUGGGGUAAGGACCAUGAGAAAGAUGCCUUUGAGCACAUUGUGAGGCAGUUCCCCAACGUGCCCGUGUCCAUCGUCAGCGACAGCUAUGAUAUCUACAACGCCUGUGAGAAGAUCUGGGGAGAGGACCUCAGGAGCCUCAUCGAGUCCCGCAGCGCUGACGCACCCCUGGUCAUCAGGCCAGACUCAGGAGACCCCUUAGACACCGUCCUCAAGGUAGAGAAGAUAGAUAAAGCAUCACCCAGCGCUAGCAGUUUACAACAGUCCAUCAGUGGUGGAACCAUCGGGCCUGGUUCUCUUUAGUUCUCUUUUGUCCUAGUGUUUUUCUGGUUCUAAUGGAGAAAGGGCAUGGGUCUCACUGGCAGUAUCACCGGCACUGUGUAGGACCAUUAUGAUGUUAAAGUCUUCUGUCAACAGCUCAUUAUAAAUACAUUCAAAUCAUUGGUCCUCUGUAGCUCAGCUGGUAGAGCACGGCGCUUGUAACGCCAGGGUAGUGGGUUCGAUCCCCGGGACCACCCAUACACAAAAAUGUAUGCACACAUGACUGUAAGUCGCUUUGGAUAAAAGCGUCUGCUAAAUGGCAUAUUAUUUAUGUAUUAUUAUUAAAGAGAGAGCAGGACUAUGAACAUGUCUCUCACUAGCUUGCUGAUUCCAAGGUGUUGGAGAUUUUAGGGAGGAAGUUCCACACCACAGAGAACAGCAAAGGAUACAAGGUGCUGCCCCCUUACAUCCGAGUCAUCCAGGGGGAUGGUGUGGACAUCAACACACUGCAGGAGGUAGGUUCACUGUACUCACCUGCCUACCUGACCCUCCUACCAGUGGGGUCCAAUCUUAUCUGUUGUUCCAAGGUUCUAUUGUAACCAGUCUCAUUGCAACCAGUCAGCCACACACUUGAUUCAACUAAGCAAAGUCUGGAGACUAGGAUUAGUUGAAUCCAUUGUGUGACAGACUGGUUUGGAAGCUUUGAACCACUCCAGGCUUCUCCGGGUAAGAUUGGAAUGGAAUCCACUGCUUUUAAAUGAGUAGUAUUAUUAGGGCUUGGUUCUGUAAAAUAACCUUGGACCCACCCCUCGGGUGUUCUGUCGUCUUCAGAUUGUGGCGGGGAUGAAGCAACACAGGUGGAGUGUAGAGAACGUGGGUUUUGGGUCGGGCGGUGCCCUGCUCCAGAAACUGACCCGGGACCUGCUCAGCUGCUGCUUCAAGUGCAGCUUUGUGGUGACCAACGGACUGGGGGUGAGUCAGUGAACGUCCAGUCAUUGUCAUGAGAGGACAUUGUUGUGAAUUCAUGAUUCUUUCUCAAUUCAUCUGUUCUCAAUUCAUAUGUUCUCAGUUAAUCUGUUGUCAAUUAAUCUGUUCUCAAUUCAUCUGUUCUCAGUUCAUCUGUUCUCAGUUCAUCUGUUCUCAGUUCAUCUGUUCUCAGUUCAUCUGUUCUCAGUUCAUCUGUUCUCAAUUCAUCUGUUCUCAGUUCAUCUGUUCUCAAUUCAUCUGUUCUCAAUUCCUUGUGUCCUCUCUCAUUGCUUCCUCCGAAAAAGCAUUGGAGGAGAAGAUCCAGGUUCCCUCCUCUCGGUCUUUCUCAUCCAAUACGUUCCGAGGAGGCUAGGAGAGAGGAGGCUAGGAGAGAGGAGGCUAGGAGAGAGGAGGCUAGGAGAGAGGAGGCUAGGAGAGAGGAGGAGAGGAAAGAGGAGGAGAGGAAAGAUGAAUUGGGAAAGAGCCCAAGUCUUUGUUAACACUUUAUAUGAAGCUGCUCUAAUACCUGUGUAAUAACACUGUAAUUCAUUACUAUUGUAGUGGCCAAUAUUUGAUAUGUAAGCAUAUUAUAUAUACAUCACACGCAAUCCGUAAUAAGACUUAGCAAUUAGACUAUUAAAAUGAAUUAUCUGACUCCAUAAGAUAAAUGGGGCGGCAGGUAGCUUAGUGGUUAAGAGCGUUGUGCCAGUAACCGAAAGGUCGCUGGUUCUAAUCCCCAAGCCGACUAGGUGAAAAAUCUGUCGAUGUGCCCUUGAGCAAGGCACUUAACCCUAAUUGCUCCUGUAAGUCGCUCUGGAUAAGAGCGUCUGCUAAAUGACUAAAAUGUUAAAUGUAAAAUAAAUAGCAAUAUGCAAGAACACUAUAGUUAAAUCAUGUACAAUCAAGUAUUAUGCAUUUAGCUGACGAAGAUCAAUGAAUGGUCAUGAGAAUGGAUUUCUAAAUGUGUAUUUAAUAACUUUGUAAAAUGAAUGAUAACAUUAUAAAAGGCAUGAGCUGAAGUUACAAAGCAUUAGCAAGCAUUACAAGGCAUUAUUCUAAACAUGGUCAGAGUGGGAGAGAGACCAAGAAACCCUGAAUUGUGCCAUGGCCCAUAGCUCAUGGGAGAGAGAGAGAGAAACCCUGACUUAUGCCAUAGCUCAUGGGAGAGAGAGAGAGAAACCCUGGCUUGUGCCAUGGCCCAUAGCUCAUGGGAGAGAGAGAGAGAAACCCUGGCUUAUGCCAUAGCUCAUGGGAGAGAGAGAGAGAAACCCUGGCUUGUGCCAUGGCCCAUAGCUCAUGGGAGAGAGAGAGAGAAACCCUGAAUUGUGCCAUGGCCCAUAGCUCAUGAGAGAGAGAGAGAAACCCUGGCUUAUGCCAUGGCCCAUAGCUCAUGGGAGAGAGAGAGAGAGUAGGUACCUCACCAGCGCAGGUCAGGCACAAAUAAGAGAAAGGGACAAUGAAUCUAAGAACCUUUAUAGCAUCUGAGUUGUUUGGAUUCAAAAUCUGAGAUGUUGACCAAUAGUAUUACUGUAAAGUUAACCUCCAAUCAUAUAUCAGUCCUACAUGAUGUAAUCACAACAGAUCGGAUGGCUCAGAUUACGGUGUCUGCAGUAACACUUUGUUUGUUCUUUCUCCUGAACUUCUACUCUCAACCUCUCCGAUCAUUUUCAUGAUGUCCAUCCGGUUUGCUUCUAUAUGCCAUAUCUUUCUAACUGUGCUCCUUCACAAAAGCUCCCAACCUACAACCCCAUAUACUUAUUAUGGACACAGCAUGCCUACAUUAUUAGUUAUCUUGUUAUUGUUUGUUGUUAGUUGUUAUUAGUCCCAUCCUUCAAUUCCAUUAAACACCUCCCAUCUAUCUCUUAACACCAUCCAUAUAGGAUUUCUAUUUGCCAUAUAUAUUUCAACUGUACUGUGAUGUCUUACAAAAGUUCUGAACCUUUCUAUUCUCAUUGCUUCUACAGAUUGUGAAUUGAAAAAUUUUUUUUUUACUAAUAGUAUUAUUAUGUUAUUGAUCGAUUGACUAUGACUUUUCAGAUCACCCAGUAGUCCUAUAUUACUACAGUAUUGUUUGUAAUAGUUUAAUGUUGCAUAGGCUUACGUCUUGUAAAGAAAAUACAUCUGAAUGGUAGAUCUCGGCUUGCAUUUGGACUCAAAGUAAUCUGGACUCACAAAAUGAUCUGCUCAGAAAGUGAUCUGGACUUAGAAAGUGAUCUGGACUCAGAAAGUGAUCUGGACUCAGAAAAUGGUUGGUGACCACUGUUGUAUUAUGUUCUUUUAAUUACAGCUGAAUGUGUUCAAGGACCCUGUUGCUGACCCUAAUAAAAGAUCAAAGAAAGGUCGUCUGUCACUCCACAGAACACCAACAGGAGACUUUAUGACCCUUGAGGAAGGGAAGGGGGCCCUGGAGGAAUACGGUCCAGUAAGCCAUUUAAACAAGUGGUCAUCCUAAAACCAUAGAUAAAAGCCUUUUGUUUUUCUUUCUCUGAGGCUUAAGCAAACAUAUUUUUUGGGGGACUAUUAUGGAGUUGUUUUAAAGUCAUAUUGUAAUUGAAAGUUGAUAAGUUUACUCUCUAUUCCUCUUUCUCUCGGUCUUCUUUCCCCAGGAUCUGCUUCACACCGUUUUCAGAAAUGGUGUGAUACUGAAGACGUAUACAUUUGAUGAGGUCAGAGACAACGCCAAGAUCAGGGACUGUGACCUGGAAGAGUCUGUAGACUGAGGCCUGUACAUGCUCCAACAUACUACGCAGAAAGGACUGGAACCCUUCUACCUCCCUGUACAGCACUGACCACUAGGAUGAGAACAAAUAGCACUUAACGUUGUCCUUGGAGACAGAGAGAGAGAGAGAGAG